CGCCCUCCUCCAUCCCGAAUUUGGAGGGCCUACGUCCAUGCUCACCGCUGAGCGACAGCGCGUCAACACUGAGUCAAAAUACCGCGAGACAGAGCUUCAGCGGAAGCAGCUCCAGUUCUUCCUCGACUCGCUCAACAGUUACAACACGCAGGCGACGCUCGUCACCGGCUUCGCCUUCACCGCCUUCUCCGCCGACGCGCUGCAUGAGCUGCCUUACAAGGGCGCGCCAGUCCGCUCGCUGCUCUUCGCGUGCCUCUCUGCCGCAGCGAUGGGCUCCGCGGUCUCGACGGUGGUCAUCUCGAACUACUUGAUGAUUCGCGUCGAGCGACUAGCCAUGAACCGCUCCACGAGCACGGCGCUCGCGGCGCUGCGGCAGCGCAUGGGCACUGUGCAGUGCUGCUACAUGUUUUCGCUCGCCGCGCUGAUCGGCGCCGCCUCGACGCUGCUGUUUGCCAUGUGCGACAUCACCGACGAGGACCUCGCCUGCGAGAGGGUGGGCGCCAGCGUGCUUGGCGUCUUUGCCGCCUGCGUGCUGGUCGCGUCGACAGUCGUGUGGCGCAUGCGAGGCCAAUUCGACCGUUACAGAGACGCGUGCGGAGGCUUGCACCACAGGUCCUACCUGAUCGACACGCCGGCCGGGACGCCUGCCGAAGGCGACGAGUGCGCCGCCGUCGAGCACAGCGUGGCCAGCAUCGGCGAGUGAGUGGAAGUUGUCUGGUGGCAUGUGGAGAUGUGGCUUGCACAUGCAUGGGGCAUGUCGCAUGUGGUACGGUCUCGAGGGCGGUCUCGAGGGCGGUCGCCAUCUGCUGCGCGCGGUCUCCGGGCAUCAAUCGGGGCGCGCCUGCGGGCUGCGGGGCGCGGGCCGCACAGAGCCGGAAGAGUGGUCCUGAGUCCUCGGGCAGGUAUCCUCGCCUGCGGCGUAGACCAGUACGUGUAUGCGGUAUGUCGCCGCACGCCGCUCGCGGGUCGCGCUCCAGCAGGAUGGAGUGCAGAUGCCGCAACCGCCGCCGGCGGCGGCGGCCGCCGGCGCCGCGCGCGCGCCGCCGGCGGCGCCGCCGCCGGCAUGACGCAUGUGAGCUCUGUGUCUUGGUUUUGCCAACAACAUACCUAAAACG